CAAUGGUGUCAGCAACGAUUGCCACCAUUCUUCUCCAUCCGUUGUUGGCAUAAAACUGUUUUAUUCUUAUCCAUCUUAUUCUACCAGGUGGCGCAGCCAGGUGUAGAGAAUACGAUCGGGGUGAGUCGCUUCCAUCGAACAGCCGGUCCCCGGCACCAAAAAUCCGUGACUUCACAUCGUGACAAAUCGUGACGGAUGACACACUAAUCGGAAGCAGUUACUGCCCCCGAGACUUCUACUUCAACCUCCACCUCUUUCUUCCUUACAGAGUGAGGUAGGCGUGUCCGACUCACGCCAAUGUCACCGCAGCCAAUCAGAAUGGACGGAUACACCUACUCCACCCACUCGAUGGUGUCGACGGUUUGUACCUGGCUCGAGUAGAGACUUCGUACCAACAAGACCCGAGUCAUGGCACGGUUUGCGAUGUGGGAGAGAUAAAAACAUUACGGAAAUGCAACUUAGUCCGGUUGCUAUUACGGAUUCUGUACCGCCAAGCAACGGCGAUAGAACAGCCAUGUCGGCCGGAGCACCCGUUACAGUUAUUGUACCUCGAGGCCUAACUUCAAGAAAAUUAUCGGACUCGAAGCGUGAAUUCCAGCAAGCUAAAGUGAUUUCCUUCUCCGUAGACUCUUUACUGUCCAACGACAGGGCCAAAGAGAAUCCCAAAACGCCUUCACCGGUGCCGCUUAACAAUUCUAAGUGCUUCACCGUGGAUGGCAUACUCGACAAACCUAGCAGCGGAGUUUUGGGACUGGGAAACGUAAAUGGGGUCCGCAAUCACCCGGCAAGUAAUGGUACCAAACCCGUAGGAGUCGUUGCUACCGAAUCGGGGGUAUGUCCAGCACCGCCUUGGGCCCAUUCGUUAGGAUUGGCUAUACCCUGGUUGCACACCGCCAGGUCUAUCUCGCCUGUUUCAAAACCAGGAGAACUUCCUAAACUUCCUCCCGUCAAGUGCCAAUUGAGAAAACACAAAAGUAACAGAAAACCUCGGACUCCUUUCACCACUCAACAACUUCUAGCCUUGGAACGAAAAUUUCGUACUAAACAGUAUUUAUCGAUAGCAGAAAGAGCCGAAUUCUCCAGUUCGCUCAAUUUGACGGAAACCCAAGUGAAAAUAUGGUUUCAAAACAGAAGAGCCAAAGAGAAGAGAUUAAAAGAAGCAGAAAUCGAGAAAUUAAGAAUGGCUGCCAGACCGCUUCUACCUUCUUUCGGUUUCGGGAUUCCGGGAGCAGGACAGUUUUUUCACGGUGUACCACCACCCGCUCACAUCGGAACUACGACUUCGAGUCGACCAUUGUUAGGCCCAUUGGUUACUUCACCCUAUCCAAUUUUCGCCUCACCGUCAACCGCUUGUCCUCAAUGAAAUCUAGAUUCACAGAGUUCCAUGAACUCUUUUAGUAAACUAUUGCUCAUUUUCGAGGAAAUUGAAGAAUUUCGAGAGAUCUGCGGCGAGAUUCCUCCUUUAUGGCCUAUUCUUCCAUAAGUGCUCCCUGCAAAUUUUCCAACAAGUGUGCUUUUUAAACGGCAACGAACAGAGAGAUUUCCCGUUCCUCCAAAAACCAACUGAUAAAUGUCCUCUAUCGCCAUCGAACGGAACGAAAAAAAUCCGUUGACGAAAUCGUGAAAAAAGUCAAUUAUUCAAUUUAAAUGAGACCAUUGACGUCGUGCACGAUGGGUAUAGUUCCUUCACAUUGACUGAUAACUGUAUUAAGUAAAGACGUUCGAUAAAUAUGUACGGGGAUGUUACCCCGACUAAAUGAAUAUUACAGGCCUAUUCGGUACAUGAAAUAAAAGUACGUUUACAGCUCGGGACCAGUAAUUCCCGUGUAUAUUUUCAGGCACGAGGACGGAAAUUUAAAAAAAAAACAAAAUUGUCAUAGAUUAUGUCAUUAAUUAAUUGCAUUUGGGUUGAUGAUUUCCAGUGUCAAUAAUGUAAAUAUUUCGAUAUAUUGAUGAUUAUAAUUUGUGUUGAU